AUGGACAGCGGCGGCGGCGGGCAGUUACUAUCGCUGAAGGUGAUGCGAGUUUCGCGACCGUCACUCGCGAGCGCAUGGGAACCCUUCUACUCCAGCUCUCCUUCCUUCUCCGCCCAUUCUACCGCUUCCAUUGCAUCCCUCCAGGGCAAGGCACCGCUGCCAGGCCAUCCCAAGACAUUGCGCGACCUCACUCAUAUCACCGACCUCUUGACACUUCCUGCUGCAUUCGGCGCUAUCCAACUUGGCGAAACGUUCUCUAGCUGUCUAUCCAUAAAUAACGAUGCCAACAUAGACGUGGAUGGUGUUAUCAUCAGGGUGGAAAUGCAGACCGCGUCUUCAAAAGCGCUCCUUGCAGAGUUUGGAGGUUCGAAUCAGCGUCUAGGGGUUGGGGAGACACUGGAGAAGGUUGUGAGCCAUGAGAUCAAGGAACUUGGACAGCAUGUCCUGGGGUGCAGUGUCUCGUAUCGUGUGCCUCCUGGCGUUCGAAACCUUCCACCAGCUGCAGACGCUCAGGACCCCAGUAUACAGACAUUUCGUAAGUUCUACAAGUUUGCCGUCACAAAUCCGCUUUCGGUUAAGACCAAGGUUCAUCUGCCCCGCUCGCCCACUGCAUUACUUUCUGCCCAGGAACGGGAGAAAGUGUUUCUUGAGGUGCACAUACAGAAUUUAACCCAGGAUGCGAUGUGGCUCGAACGUAUGCAGUUCGAGUGCAUCGACGGUUGGCAGGUGCAAGAUGCAAAUAUCCUGGAGAACACGGCCACCGGGUCCAAGGAAUAUCUAUUCUCUGGGACGACUGCACUCAUGCAACCCCAGGACCUACGCCAAUACAUCUACAUCCUCUCGCCCAAGGUUCUACCCCCGUUCCCUAUUGCGCAUAUACCGGGUCACAUCCUGCCUCUAGGCAGGCUUGAUAUAUCCUGGAGGUCAUGCUAUGGAGAGCCUGGGCGUUUGCUGACAUCGACGCUAUCACGCCGGAUACCCCUCAUCCAAGCCCCUUCCCAAUCUCAGACUCCUCCCCCCGGACAGCUCUCGUCCAUCAAGCAGCCCCCAUCCGCAAUCCCAUUGCACUUACAGCGCAGCAACACAGUCAGCGGUGCGCCUUCCCGCCCACAGUCCCCUCAAUUGCAACAACGGCCCGGCAGUCCGCCCGUUAACGCAGGUCCCGCGCCAUACCGACCAGGCUCGCCCCGCAUCCGGCCAAUGAGCGCCGGACCCCCAGUGCGUCCACAAUCUCCAGGGCCGGUGACCACCUUUGCCCCCACCACGCCGCGGCCACUCGAGGACGUCGAGGCUGACCUUGUGGUAACGUCUAUACCCCGGGAGUCGAUCGCCGUUGACAAGCCCUUCACCAUUGGCUUCAAGCUAACCGUGCAAGCCCCCGCACCCGUCCCACGACCAAACGAGCCCCGGAGGCAGCGUGUCAUCUCCCUCGUCGUGCAGCACGCGCAGCAUCCAAAACAGCUCGCCGUCGCGGCCGCCGUCGCAUCGGCGGUAGCGACCUCCACUGGGGCCCCGCAGGGCGCCUGGAGCCCACGGCUGCCCUCGUCUGGCUUCUCGACGCCUUCCCCGUACGGCACGCCCUUGCGAGGCGACUUCACCGACUCGCUCGCGCAGAGGCUCCUGGUCGCGUCCCCGCGCCGCAUGCACGCAGACACCGACUCCGAGGCCGGCACAGACGGCGGCGAGACGCCCGGGAGGUCUACACACUCCGCAAGGCGCGUCAUCGACCUGCCGCCGCCCGAGCUGGCACCUAGGGCGGAACCCCAUCUUGCGCCGACGGAUGGCGUUGCGUUCCUCGGGACGUCGGCCCUGUUCCUCCCGCCCCUCCGCCUGCCUGUGCCAAGCGCGCCGCCGAUGGGUCAUUCGCGUGGGGUGUCGGACAGCACGGAUAGCUCGGCGGACAGCGACGCGGAGGACCUCGCGAGCGUGCUGGACCGCAUGCGGGUCAGCACGUCGCAGGAGUUCGAGCUGUCGUACAUGCCGCUCAAGACCGGGUUCGCGGCGGUGGGUGGGCUGCGCGUCCUGCUGGUCGAGGAUCGGCUUGCGGACGAGGAGGACGCUACCGAGGGUAUCAUAUUGGGCCAGUACGCGACGGAGCCUCGGACGCUGAAGGAGUGGGAUGUCGUGAGCGAGGUGUGGGUCAAGUCGUAG